UGCGCAGGCGCUGCUGGGAACGGCGAUGUGUCGAUGGGGUUUGGGAAAGACACCAAACACACACGAACCCCGUUGCGAACAUUGAAAAGGGCGUAUUUCCAUGACCGAGUACUGUUGUGAAUUCUAAAAGAUUAUGUGGUUAGUGCCAGUUAAAAUUAUACGCAAAAUCGAGUUAAGGGAGAUGGAUAAGAUGGCUAGAAGCAACGUUAACUUACAACUGUGGUUACAUCAGUUUUUGUACUAGCUACAAUUUGUGAACCCUACAGCCAGAUAAGGGUGAACAGCCUAACUUAUUUUAUGGACAUAGUCUAGUUAUCAGGUUUCCACUUAGACUAGUAUUGUUAGUCUUAAUUUGGCUGUAGAUAUACAGAACGGCCAGAUAGGCUGUUUUUCCUCGUACCUGAUUGUAAUUUUAAAAUGAUUAUAAUGGAUGACUAAUAAAGUUAGCUAACGAAGUCAGCCUAUUGGUUAUCGAUAGGCUACCACCUGUUCCAGUUGAGACUAGUGUGCUAAUGUAGCAUUAACUGUCUGCUGUAAAAUAUCAGGUUGUAAGGUGGUUUAUGCAUUUUAUUUGCAACCGGACGGAACUGGGGAUCAUAUCGGGUUCCCUCAUGAUUACUGGGCUUUAUGUUAUUUAUGCUGUCAUGUCACGCUAGUCCGUGUCCUUUUACAGUAGGUAGCUAGCUAUAAUAGUUACUAAGCUAACUAGCUAACAUUGGCUAACUGGUUAGCCGAGCCGUGGCACUGUAACGUUACAAGCAUAAGCUUGAUUUAGCAUGGCAUCAGGUUCCGUUUUUCUAAGUAUGUGAGAUGACCUGGCAAAGCUGCUUAAUUUAUUUCAUUAGCCCUGUGUUAUGGUGUGUUGGGAUCUGUACAUGUGCUUCGUAGAUGUGGGAGUAACGGUGAAGUCGGAUAGAUUUCGCCCGGAGGUUCAGAAAGCACCGCCUCACAGGAAAGACAGCUUUUGACAGCUGAGCGACUGUAACUUUAAACGGCAACGUUCACUCGCCGGUUCUUCAGAUGUUAACGGAAAGCAGGAAACGCCGGCUGAGCUGUGGCAGUGAAGAUGGACAGGUCUCGCCCUCAGCCAAGAGGUCAGGUGGAGGCCAGGCCCAAGAUCCUGAGCUAGGCAGGGAUGUCUGGGACUCUGAGUCCUCCAGCAGUGACAGCAGUGGAGUCAGUAGCCCCGAGCGGCCACCAGGGGGCAGCGGUGUUCAGGGUGCAGAGGGUGGAGGGUGGAGCCCCACUAACCCUGCCCCUUUCCCAGAGGAGUCGGGCGUUCCCAUUGGCCAGGCCAGCCUGGGCCCCUCCUACCACCAGAUCAACCGCAUGCUGCGGGAGGCGCACUUCAGCAGCCUGCAGACGCGUGGCCCUGCCCCUGUCACAUGACCCUGCCCCCUCGGCCUCUCCACAGCUUCCUGUGCCCGUCACGGGGACUUCCUGUGCAGCCAUCUUCACUUUCAGCGUUCUGGGUUCAUCUGUC